UCGUAAUAAGUAACAAAUACAGUCAAAAACGUUCUUAACUUAAUAUAUCCAAAAUAGAUUAACAUUUGUGUGUAUAAAUAGGCUAGAAUAAAUUAUUUUUUACAUAUUUUCUAAUAAUAUAACACUUGGAAAGUUUGAUCGUCACAAAACUUAUUUUCGUCGAAACUUAUUGUUAGUUGUAUUCUUCACGUCCUAACGCAUCAACGAAUCAAGUUUAAAUAACUGCCCAUCCUUUGUGUAACAUUAACGAUUCUAGAUACGUCGAAAUAGAUAUGAUAAAAUAACGGGAAGUUUACUUUUUCGCAAUGGCCGAGGCUACCCCUCCGUUCCCCUGCGCCCUACGCCAUAUUAUUUGAAAUACUACCAAGACGGUGAUAAGAACGAAUUUUCCACUCUCCCGUGUGAUUUAAUAAAGUGUUCUGAUUUAACAGGUUCGAGAAACCGAUUUCCAAAACAUUGUACUUGUAGAAUCUUUGGAAUAUUAAAAAAAAAAUAUGCUGCAAAAGGAUUUUUAAGGAGUAAAACCACUCUAGAGGCAGAAGAAAAGACCUAAAUUUGACAAUUUAUCUUGGGAGUGUGACAAAUGGAAUAGAAUUUCUUUUCAGAGGGUUUAUUUAACACAUAUUGAAGAACGAAAAACAAUUUUUUUAUUGUCACUUUCAUACAAAAUGGCGGCGACAGAGACUGUCGUCGAAAACAGCUGUUUUGAAAAUACCGCCACUGGAGGACGGAUUUCUCGGCAUCUACAAGUCAUGGAACAAAAACUAAAGAAAAUUUAUAAUCUAUAUACAAUUGGCUGUGGAAGUACGUAGGGUUUUUCUUCUUAAUCAAUUUUUGUGAAAGUGGCGCACUUUUUAAGUAAAGACUCGACUUUUUGCCCUAAAAAUGAGCAUUAAAUUGUUUAUAAAAAAAAAAAGUUUACAUUCAAUCAAAAAAACGGCUUAUUGUGAAGCUACUGUACAAAUUUCAAAUCGAUCCAUGCAAUAGCCACUGAGAAAUCCGUCCUCUCAGUUUGAAAAAAGUGGUUUCGAGAAAAACGCGUUUAAAGUUUUAUAAACACUUUAAUCACGCUCUGAGGCACUGCGGCAAAAUCGAUCAUUGAACCUUUUAACAUUUGUUUUUCACUAUAAAUCAAAUGACGUAUUAUUUGUAUGACCCUAAAGUAUUGUUUAAGCAAAAAAAAAAAUCGAUUUUUUGAAAAUCCUAGAGUGAUUUCAGCCCUUAAAGUUGAUAAAACAAUUAUCAACGAGAAAAAUAUAGAUAAGUAGUUUUAUCAUUGAUUAAUGUUAUGGAAAAGUCUUUUUUCAAUAUUCCUUACCAUUUCAAUAAAGAAGAUUCUAGAAAAUCUCCAGGUUAAUGCUCCCCACGCGUGGCAAUAAUUUUGUAACUCACCAUGUGUGCCAUUUUCUGUUGCAUUCAUAAUUUCUAUGCGCAUCACGGUCCAGUGUCGCGUAUGAGCGAGAAAAUGUUGCAAUUGUGAUGGCACCCUUAGCGACACGGAGAAAAGCGCAGGCUUCGAAUCGAUCCUCCACCCCCAAAGUUUCCAAUGAACAACCCCCGGCCGACGACUCUCUCUUGUCGACCCAACAACAGUUCAAAAGCACCCGACGGCAAACAUGGCGCUGGAUUUUGCAGCCACGUACAAAGUUUUGGUGCUAGGUGACUCGAACGUCGGGAAGACCUGCAUCGUGCAUCGUUAUUGCGACGAACGUUACUACGACACAUAUACAUCAACGAUAGGUAUCGACUUCAAGCAGAAAAUAAUUAACCUGGAUGGGACGCCGAUUAAGCUUCAAAUCUGGGAUACUGCUGGUCAGGAGCGAUUUAGAACGCUAACCACAGCUUAUUACCGCGGUGCCAUGGGUAUACUUUUGAUGUAUGACGUCACAAAUUUAGAAAGUUUCAAUCAUAUGUCUUAUUGGCUACAAAAUAUUCAAGAAAACGCUUCGCCAGAUGUGGUAAAAGUGUUGACAGCGAAUAAAUGCGACGUUACUGCGAACAGAGCUGUUAACGUGGAGUGGGGACAAAAAAUAGCCGAACAUUUUGACAUGCCCUUCUUCGAGGUUUCCUGCAAAGAGAACAUAAACAUCGAGAAAGCGUUCCUUACGCUGGCUAGAAGAAUACGAGAGCAACGAGGACAAACGGUCAGUUUGUUCGAGGCAUCCGAAUGUGAACAACCCGACAGCGCCAGCGUAAUUAAACUUCAAUUAAAGAGUCAACUGAGGGACGGAUGGAGCUGCUCGUGUUAGUUUAUACCUAUAAUUAAUUAUGGGAAUCGAGACGUG